AUGCAAGAGCAUCAGACGCAACUGCAAGAAAUAUUAAAAGGGGGACCAGUGUCUGAUGCUGAGGUCUUUGCGGAGACACAUAAGGAAAAGAAGAAAGACGGUUCAAGAGAAGGAUGGGUUGAGACACGUGCGUCGGAACAAUAUGAUGGAUUUCAUAGAAGCUUGGAUGAAAGGUGUCAGAUGCAGCCUAUUUUUGAUGAUGGUACCCCAAUCCAACCGUCACCCGAUGUUAUGACUUCAAUAUGGACGGAUGUAGCAGGUGGUGUAUCCAAAGGAAGAGUUUACCGGCUUGGAGUACAACAGCCUUCCUCUUUUCGUCCAUCGCCAUUAGUUUCGGAUGCUCCUACUGCGCAAAAUCAGGAAGAAAUGGGAGCAAUGCAAAAGAAAUGGAGUUGUUGUCGAAACGAUGUGAGAUGGCCGAAACUCACAUUGCUAGAAUGGAUAAAUACAUGAAAAAACACAUGCCCCACUAUUAUGAUGAUGAAGAGACUGAUUCUGAUAUGUAGUAGUGAUUUAAGGUUGAUUACUGUUCUUGGAUGAUUAAAUUUUAUAUUUGGACUUUAUGGUAGAUUUGAAUGAUGUGGUAUAUAUAUGUUUAGACUUUAUUAUAUUAGUGUCGAUAUGUAUUAGCUACUCAGACUUGAUAUUGAAUAUUUAGACGUUAAGUAAUAUUUUGGUUUGAUAUUAUGGGA